AUGGACCAGAUUGUAUCGCCUUUCCAGACAGCUCGACGCUCGAAGGUGACGUUGGGCUCUCACCUGGCUUGUUCACUGAAGCGGUCAGGCAACUUGUGCGAUUCUCAUCCGUGGCUGGCCCCAUUGGCAUGCUUCGAACGCCUGUCUGCAAAGACUUGUGUACGUUUGAAAGAGCGCCUUCCGUGGAGUGUUUUGGCACGGAUUUCUGUGGUCGCUGGGUGCAAUCAAAGGCGGCGUCAGGCUUGCGGAGCCCUGGCAGAAACGGAUAAAAUGAUUACGAACGCAAUGAGAAUCCGAGCGAGUUGGACGGGUGGCGAUGAUGAAAGCGUGGAAAGGAACACAUCAAUUGAAAGCAAAGGCCCUGUGCACAGCGACACUACCGAUACAUGGAACACGCGCCGUAUGGUUUCAUAUAGCGUAGAAGCCCACCGCAGGGGAAGACAAGGUACUAUCCAAAGGUGUGAUGGAGCGGAGGGGGUAAGUGGGUGCAUGGCAUGUCUGCCAACAAACGCGGGAUCAGGCCAAUCAUCGCACUGGACUCAACUGCCACUCCCACAUUUAACCAAUAAUCAGGGCGCACUCACACGGCCCCACAUCGCAACACUACGUUUAUUAAAAUAUUUCUUUUAG